UUCUUAUAGACAAAAGGAGAUGAUGAUGAAUCUGGAAUUUGAAGCUUCAGCAGAUCAUAAUUGCAUCAUGAAUUUUUGGAGAAGGACCUACAAAAGUAUAAGACAGAUCAAAUUUUUCCAGUGACUUUCUCGACAUAUUGCUAAAUCAGUGGGGCUUUCUCCAGACCAAAUUGAUAUUAUUUCAGAACUGGGAAUCUUCAAGAGGGAAGCAGAAGAAGUUGACUUGAGAAAACAGUACUGCUGUAUAUGCGAAAACUCUCUGUCCCCGCGGUAGAGCGUUUACUCCUCUCUCUCGGUUCUUGAAUCAGGCAGAGAUUGAUUGAUGGAUUGGUUGAUCGAGAAGGAUGGAUUGAUGGUGAUACUGAGAACAUCUGGGAACUUCAAGGUUUCGGUUUAAUGCCGAUGCCGGGACACCAGCGGCGGCUAGAGAUGAGAAGGAUAUGGGAAUGGAGAAGGCCCAGGAGUCCUGAACGGGAAUUGACCGUCGAGUCUAAAGCGAAAGUGCGACGAAGAGUAGGAUCGCGCCAAGCGAAAGGUCUUAUAACGAUUUUCAAUAACAAGCACGACGAGAUAUCUCUCCAGUGUUCAUCAAUGAUCAGCCUCAGUCGUCCAUGCGUGUGUCAAGUGGCAGUACUCCAGCGCGUUAAUAUGGGUCGUGAUCGCUACCUGACUUGCCUUCUUAUAUGCGCCCGCUAUUUAGCUGCGGGCAAAACUCGACUGCCUAUAUUAUGGUUACUGCUCUCAGAUCUGUUAUGACGAAAGUGCUGAUGUUCGUUUGAUCCGCGAAGAAAUAUUGGUAAUAAUUAUGCAGGAUUAUCGGCAGUCUUUUCUCAGGUUAUUUCAUUGUGCGUAAGACUUCGGUUGUAGUACAAAAUUGUGUCAAUUAUUUCUUACAGGUAUAAAAAAUAUAAUAUAUUUCUCAAAAUUUACUAGUGUGUAACUAUCAAAUUCGUUCAUUACGAAGCUUCUUGCACUAAUACAUUUCAAGAUUCA